GUCAAUUCGGCAGAUUCAUGCAUUACACUCAUUACACACAUUCAUAAACCCAUGCCCCAAACGUCCAUAAUCGUCCACGGAUCCUUUUACCAUAGCUUAGAUUACAGAAUUGCAAGCCCGCUGACGUCGGCUCCCGUGAGUCGCGCUGUCAGCGGAGGGAAAUGCAUGACGUUAGAAAUACAAGAAAUAAGUCAGAUUCCGAACGCCGAGCGAGCAAGGCGAUUUUGAUAAAACCCUACUAUACAAGAACCAAAACAAUACACUCUCCCCCUCCCCGAACUCUACGCACCGAAGAACCAGCCAUGAACGCCACCGAGAACACCCCAGCUAAGGCGCACCAGAGAGCCGCUGCAUCAGCAGAGUCACCCGAAGUCGUAGACCUCACGGAUUUCUCCGACGCCGAGGAACCGGAGUCCGCUGCCAAGGCGGACGAGGAAGCCGCCCCGAAGCCAGGAGUAGCCGAAGAACCCCACACCUCCGAUGGGGACAUGUACGCAGAUAAGGAGCUAGACGCCGUCGAGGCAGGGGCAGCCGACCACGAGGGUCCCCGAGACAGCCCCCCGCUGUUCUCCCGCCGACCAUCCGUGUUCCGUCGAGAGAACCUGUGGUCGCCGCCGCCGUAUAAACGACGAGCCGCGCCCUGCUCCCCGGAGCCAGGGUCACCGUCAUUCGAAGAGGAGUUCGGAGAUGCCGGUUCUAGCCAGCACAGUUUCCCGGAACCAGAGACGCCAUCAUACGCGCCGAUGUUCCAACAGGAGUUUGAAGAUGCCGGUUAUCACCAGCGCCGCGAUCCCCGAACCGGCCGUGGCAUUUACCGCCCCGAGAGGGGGCUGGAGCGUUACACACCAAAACCAUACAACGCGUACUACGACGACGGGGAGAGCGAAGAGGAGGAACACUACGGUCGGCAAUUCAUAGCCGAAACAGAGACCUUUCACCACACGGUCACGCCAUGGGGGUUACGCGUCACGCGUAACCACCAGAUGUCCGUAGACGUCUUUGUCCCUCCCGGCCGGAAUGUCAACGCGUUCUUCAGGACAUUCCGAGAAGCCGCGGAACCAAUCGACUACCGCUCCGAACCGGCCGCCCCAGCCAGGGCAAGCCCCCCGCACGCCAAAGCGCGACCGCCAACGCCCGCAUCGGAUCCUCCCCGAUGCCCCAAUCCUCCAGAAGAGUCAGCGGCGACCACACCAACGCACGCCGAAGCGCCCCACGCGGAGGCAGCGCAAGGCCCUCCCACUGAAUGGCCCACCGGGGCUACAGAAGAGGGAAACGCUGCUCCAGUUCGACAAGCGGAGCUGACCGAACCGGAGGAGCAGUAGGAAACGGGGCCGGACAGCGGGUACCCCACCAUGACCCUACGGA